AUGACAAGUUUUUCCUGUAGUGCAAAACGAAUUUGUCAUGCUGCUCUUCCUACAAAGUUACACUUACUCUGUUUUUUUGCUGGAUAUGGAAUUCAUCAAGACCAUUGCCGCGGAGAAGGCGAAGGAGGUGGUCGUGGAGGUGGAGAGAACCAAAAACAAAAACAAAAGUUCUUUCCCCAACAAAUUCAACUCGACAAAGAACCAACAAAACACGACCAGAGACGAAAUCAGAAUCCUGAUGCUGACCGGCGUCGUGCAGGCAGCGACUUUGAACGAAAGCAGCGAAUUCAGGAAACAGAUCAAGCAGAUCCAGGAGGAAAGCGCCCGGUCUACUUCAGCGCGGUUGGUUGUAAAAGUGUAUUUGUUCACCCUUCGGGUUUCGGAGAACCAGUACAAGGGGCGGGGUGGGACUGAUACGGGGAACCGCCUGUUCAACACGGAGGUGUAAAGCAAAAAUAUUUUUGUCUUGUACUAACUCUAACUAGAAAAAUCAACAUGUUUUCGCGCAUUCUUGUUCAGGCUUUGAUGUGCGGAAACCGACGUAUCCUGUGGAGCAAUUUCUACUUCUCUUUGAACAAACGUAUCUAUACUUACACAAGAGAUUAAUUUUCAUGCUUUCACAUACUACAAGUACACCUAGGUACCAUCGAAGUACAGUACGGUGCACUACUAUGCAUGUGAAGAAAUAACUUGUUUUUCUUUCAACUCUUGUUUGUCUUUUGUAAGAUUCUCAUUCGUAUAAAAAUGAAUCAAAAUGCAAAGAUUAUGUCUGUUGCAGACCUCAUUCUUGGCACUACAACUACUGUUUCAUUUAAUAAUCUCGAGCGAUUUCAAGACCAAGGCAAGAAGAAGAAGAAGAAGCUAUUUUGAAACACGUCGUGCGUGUAGUAGUGCUAGUGUCUGCCACUGAAUAUUACAAAUACAUCCUUUAUUCCCAACGUAGCAGUCGGCAUUCUUGAGAAGGUUUUUACCUGUGCCGUCGAAAGAGGACCAAAAAUGCACUACAUACCAGCUUUCAAAGACGAUUAACGUACUUAGGGUUACUUCCUCGCUAUCCGUAUUUUUAGGCCCACCACGCAGGGUUCUUCGCAAGUGUUGCGCGCGGC